CCCUCCACCUCCCCAUGGGCUUCCACAACCUCUCUUUCUAUAUGCUUGAUGAAGAUACCAUUGGGCAUGAUGAUGUCAUUGGCAAAGUCUCGCUCAGUAAAGAGUACAUCUCAUCUCACCCACGGGGAAUCGACAGCUGGAUCAACCUGAGCCGCGUGGACCCCAAUGAGGAGGUGCAGGGAGAGAUCUCUUUGGAGCUUCAGGUUUUGAAGGAGGCCCACAGACAGGUGCUUUGCUGCCACAUCAUUGAAGCCAGAGAUCUUGCACCACGUGAUAUUUCGGGCACCUCGGAUCCCUUUGCCCGUGUACUGUGGAACGGGCAAGUCCUGGAAACAGCUAUUAUCAAGAAAACCCGCUUCCCACACUGGGAUGAGAUGCUUGAGUUCGUCCUGGAGGAGGAGACUAUAGCAGGAGCUCCCAUUGCUGUGGAAGUCUGGGACUGGGAUAUGGUGGGCAAGAAUGACUUCCUGGGGCGGGUCGAGUUCUCUUUGGAUGCCCUGCAGAAAGCCCCUCUCAAAGGCUGGUUCCGUCUGCUGCCUUUCCCCAGCACAGAGGAGGAUGCUGGGGGAAAGCUGGGAGCGCUGAGGCUGCGAGUUCGUCUUGCUGAGGAUAGGAUCCUGCCCUCCAGGUACUACCAGCCUCUCAUAGACCUGCUGGUGGAAUCCAUCUUGUGCCCGCCAGAGGAGAAGGAUGAUGUCACGCCCCUGGCCAUGCUGGAAGAGGUAUGCUCGGUGGAGAGUCGUCAAGAUGUGGCCACCAAACUAGUCAAGAUCUUCCUUGGACAAGGCCUGGUGGUACCCUUUUUGGACUACCUGAAUCUCCAUGAAGUUUCCAGAACCACCGAUCCAAACACACUCUUUCGCUCGAACUCUCUGGCCUCCAAAUCCAUGGAGCAAUUCAUGAAGGUUGUGGGAAUGCCAUAUCUCCAUGAGGUGCUGAAGCUCAUCAUUAACCGGAUCUUCGAGGAGAAGAAGUAUGUAGAACUAGAUCCCUGCAAGAUUGAGCCAAGCCGGACCAGGCGAAUAUCUUUCAAGGGCUCCUUGUCCGAGGCCCAGAUACGAGACAGCAGCUUGGAGGUGCUGAAGGGAUACCUGCGGGACAUCAUCGAGGCUAUUGUGGGCUCAAUGCAGAAGUGUCCCCCUGUCCUGAGGAUGGCUUUCAAGCAGCUGCACAGGCGAGUUGAGGACCACUUCCCAGAGGCGGAGAACCAGGAUGCCAAAUACAUCGCCAUCAGCGGGUUCCUCUUCCUCCGAUUCUUUGCUCCCGCCAUUCUGACCCCAAAGCUGUUCAACCUCCGCGACCAGCAUGCAGACACUCAGACCAGCCGCACCCUCUUGCUUUUGGCAAAGGCAGUGCAAAGCAUUGGCAACUUGGGUCUGCAACUGGGUCACGGCAAGGAACAGUGGAUGGAGCCUCUUCAUCCCUUUAUCCUGUCCAGCAUUGGGCGAGUCAAGGACUUCUUGGACAGGCUCAUUGACGUGGACACUGAGAAUGAAACAAGUGAGAACCAGUCAUGGACACCCUUCCACCCUUCUGCUACCGUCAAGGAGGGAUACCUGCACAAACGCAAGGCUGAGGGCCUCCACUUGGUCUCACGAUUCACCUUCAAGAAACGUUAUUUCUGGCUUAGCAACGAGACUCUGUCCUACUCCAGAUCUCCGGAGUGGCAGGUGCGCACAUCCAUCCCUGUCCAGAGGAUCUGUGCGGUGGAGCGUGUGGACGAAAAUGCUUUCCAGCAGUCGCACAUGAUGCAGAUUACAACUCGUGACAAUGGAGGGCAAUUGUCUACCAUGUACAUCCAGUGUAAGAACGUCAACGAGUUGAACCAGUGGCUCUCGGCCAUCCGGAAAGCAACCAUUUCUAAUGAGUGCAUGCUGCCCUUCUGCCACCCAGGAGCCUUCCGCAGCAAUCGCUGGACUUGUUGUUUACAAGCUGACCGCAUGGUUCGUGGUUGCAGCCGCACCCAUUCUGCCGUGACCCUUGGGGACUGGAGCGACCCUCUGGACCCAGACACCGAGGCCCAGAUGGUGUACAAGCAGCUUCUGUUUCUGAGAGAGAAACUCAGGGAGAAGUGCCUGGAAUUCACAAGCAAGGAGACUACGCUGGAUGAAGGCAGAGGAGCACAGAAAGACAACAAGGGCCAGUGGAUGUCAGCAGCUGCCCGCUUGCUAGAAGUCAUCCAGGAUUUGGAGCAGGCCCACAAAGCCUUUGAGCACCAAGAAGAGGAAGAGGCAGCAGCAGCGAGUACAGCUCAUUCCUGAGUGGCUGCCUCCAUUCGGGACCCCACUUGUGUUUGCUCUGUAAUGUGAUGACAUGUCUAUGUCUGUCAGGGAAGGGCUGGGAUGCUUCACCAGUGUUGUGAGCCAUGCCUAAUUUUGACUUUGGAGAGAGAGAGAGAAGGCACCUGGGAGGAGCUGCAAACGUUUGUUUUCCUUGUGAAUUGUGGCUUAGUUGUGAAUUGUGGCUUAGUUGUGUUCCAGAGGAAGAAGAGGGGUUCCCAAGGUGGGUCCUUGAUUCUGAAGGCCUCCCUUGCUUGCUUAAAAGGCAGGAAAUACAUCCAGAGCUGUGUGCACACUGUGAUUUUCGGAGGGUGCAAAACAACAGCAUUGGUCAUGGGAUCAAGCAUCUUGCGGAUAGUGUUAUCUUUCUUGACAGUGCAAGUUUUGUGGGCAAUACCUGCCUGAAUCUCAGAGACCAGCAGCUUUGUCAGGUAAGAUUUCUGCUGGUCAAAGGAUGAGGUUUCAGGACCCUCCUAUAGCUUUCCUUCUUCCUCCCUACAAAUUAGCAAAUGGGUUGCAGGCACAAAUUACAUGGAACAAGAACCACUAUGCCAAUAGAGAUCGUAUCAUUCAGUUUUUCUUUGGGAAGAAACUGGAUUUUGUACAUGGCUAGUUUUAAUUUUAAAAGUGCACUUCUCUAGGUAAAUCUCAUCCCCCAAACUGUACAGUGCCACCUUCCUGUUUGCCAGUCAUUCUUGCCACAAGAAAGCUGUCCCGCAUAGCUCAGGCCUGAGAAGAGUGGCUGCCCCUGGAGUGCAGCAGGGGAGGAAGCCACAACCGGAUGUGUCUGGUUCAUGAUGAUGGAGCCAUUGAGCUGUAGUAGGCCAUGCCACAGCUACUGGACACAGGGUGAAAUGAUGUCGGACUUCUCCAUGGCCAGACAUCCCAGCUUCUCUGCCAAACUUUGUGGCACAAACAAGCUUCAGCUUGUGGCUAUCACCGUCUGCUGAAGCGCUGUGGAUAAUUUUAUCCUAAAUAUGUACUUCCCUAUCCUAUCUGUACAAUGCAUGGUCAUUAAUGUGUUUUUUAAAAUCUGUUUAUUUAUUUGGAUGACUUUGAUGCUGCCUCCAUAGAGCCUGAUCAAGGCAGCUUACAAAAUAAAGCCUAGUGAAAACUUAACUGCAUAGAAGUCAUAACAGUUGAAAAACUAUUAAAAAUCCAAGAAGGGCACAAGAACAGCCUGAAAUAUUUAACAGCUCCAAAAGAGUCUCAUAAAACACUUACCAGGCAGAGCAGACUGUAAAACAAGUCAAAAAGACCAACUAUUUAAAUUAAAAGCUUGAGUAAAAGAUAGUAUGGUAGGUGCCAGGCAGUCCUCAAGGGGGAAGGGCAUUCCACAGGUAAGAAACUUAGCCUUACCAGAUUGCCCGUUGCUCCAGCCCCCCACUUUUGCUCAAUGGAGUGACGCAAAGUUUUAAUGCGCAACAUACCCGUAGCAGGUCAGAGGCAGCAGAGACCACUCCAGUUGAGGUGAACUAUGUACAGUUUAUUUACAGUUAUAUAUAUACAGUCCAUCAGCCUUUGCCAUUCUGAGUGACAAAGUGCUUCGCAUAGCACUGAAACCUUUACAGGCUCACAUCAUACUGUACAGUGCACACCUUUAUACAAAUACAGAUAUCACUCAACCAAUCAGCAUCUAGCUUUGCACACUGCACAUCUGGCUGAUGCAACAUAGCCAGCCUUGAAUAAUCAUGUGACAUAACUGUCAACCUAGAUGUGAAAGAUCUAACAGGCUUGAAUCUUGCCUGAGUUUAUUUACAUACUCUGACAUGGAGCAGCAGUAGCAAAAACCGGGGGUGGUGAUGGUGGUAUCAUGGCAUCGGCAACACUCUAUGAAUUCCCUAAUAUCUAUGGGUUUUACUACAGAGACUGGAGGAAUUUCUAGAGCAUCAUGGAUGCCAUGAUGUUGUUUCUUCUAGUCUCCAUCUCCCAUUUGCUUCCAGCUGGGCACCCUACAGGUGCCACCACUGAAAAGGCCCUAUUUUUGAGUCAUCUCAUGUUUGUAGGUGAGGUCACAGAGCAAGACUUGUGAAGAGAUCUCUGUAUUUUAUACCAUGUUGCAUCUGUUGUACAGUCAAUGCAGCCAUUUUCAAAACAAUGAAGAGCUUUUUGACCCAGCGGUGUUUGGAAAAAAACGAUCAAGUGUUCUGCCAGAUGAACAGUUAUCUUUUGAAAACCGUGAUGUAUUAUUGUCUAGGAAUUUUGUCUGUGGCAAUAGCCUCUAAUGAGAAAAUUGGUAU